GGACGCUGCGGGGCGCCCUGCUGCCUGCUGCCCGCCGCCCGCUGCCUGUUGUCUGGACGCUCCCUCUCUAAGCGCCGCCCUCCCUCCGGUCCGCCUGCUGCUGACUCCAGGCUCGGCGAAGACGCCCUUAGCAACAACACACAGACUCACACACAGCUGCGUCGAAGAAGAUACUCCAACCAGCGCGGAGAAGACGGAUUAAACACCCGAAGACGGGCUGUAUCUGCACUUUUUAAAAAAAACAAACAAACAUGGGGCUUGAGUACAGCUAGCGAGCUUCCAGCCUGUUUGGGCUACAGCCCCUCAACGCUGCCCCGAAGGAGGACACACAACCCCGGGAGAGAGAGAGAGGAGGAGGGGGGUUGGUGCUGGUGGAGGUUCAACGAGUGCUAGCAUCGCCGUUUGCUCGCAGCUAUCACCGGGAAUAAAGCACGGGAAUGCGGCUCUGGAUCGACUCCCUGAACCGACAGAGAGAGAGCAAGGCGAGGGGCACACGGGUCAGACCACCUCAGACUAUUUUUAACCGAGGGAGCGGCUCUCCGGGGCGGACGAGUGUUUUUGUGGUCGCCGCUGUUGGAGCUAGCUGGCUGGGCUAACUAACGACCCCCAACCAACCAACCAACCAGCCCAACAAAAACACCACCUACACCACCUACCACAGCUGCAGCCAAGGGCUAAAACACCUUUUUAUUUUUAUAUAUCAAUAUAAAAACAAGGAUAAAUCACAGUGAAAGCAGCAGACAGGAGUUUCAUGGACUUUUGAGGUUUUGCAACGUGACUCUAGUUUUGAAUCUUUGUUCUCCACCCUCGAGGAUUUCUUUUUUAUUUUUAUUAUUUUUGCAUUUUGUUGUCACUUCGGAUGCUGGCAUCACAUUUGAAUCUGAACCAUGAUGAUAAUAAGCAGAAAACCAGAGGGCCCAAUAGCAACAGCACGGCACGGCGACGGCCUGUACGACUCGUACAUGAGGACAGACCACAUCCUUAAAGAUGAAGCGGAAACAAACAGUCCGUCUGGGCUGCCCCCCAUGCCUAAACACACAGUUGUCAGUAACAAGACCGUAAUGAGGGAUCAGGUGACUGUGCGAGGUGGCCAGUUGAAGGUCAAGUACAUGUACGAGGACUCCACCAACAACCGAAAGAUCAACGCCAUAACCACGGCGAGCACUCAGAACGGUGGGACCACUGGUCAGACGCCCAUCAAACCCGCCCCGGUCUCCGGCCUGUCCAAGGAGCGCAGUGUAGACAGUACUGAAUCCAGCAAGGGCUCCAGUGAAUCCUCCGGCCAACACGGAGCUGGAAACGGAGGGAACAGCGGGAAGCUGUGCGGCCCUCUCACUCCCGACCAGGCUCUGAGACUGUACCGAUCUCAGCUGACCACGCUGGAGCAGACGGAGAUCCACUCCUACCCAGAUAUCUACUUCGUGGGACCCAAUGCCAAGAAAAGGCCUGCCGUCGCCGGAGGCAACAACAACUGUGGCUACGACGACGAGCAGGGCGGAUACAUUCACGUCCCUCACGAUCACUUGGCUUACCGCUACGAGUUCCUCAAGAUUAUCGGUAAAGGUAGCUUCGGCCAGGUGGCUAAGGUGUACGACCACAAACUGCAGCAGCACCUGGCUCUGAAAAUGGUGCGCAACGAGAAGCGCUUCCACCGGCAGGCGCAGGAGGAGAUCCGCAUCCUGGAGCACCUGCGCAAGCAGGACCGCAACGGCACCAUGAACGUCGUGCACAUGCUCGAGAACUUCACCUUCCGCAACCACAUCUGCAUGACCUUUGAGCUGCUGAGCAUGAACUUGUACGAGCUCAUCAAGCGCAACAAGUUCCAGGGUUUCAGCCUGCCGCUGGUCCGAAAGUUUGCACACUCCAUCCUGCAGUGCCUGGAGGCCCUGAGCCGGCACCGGAUCAUCCACUGUGAUCUCAAGCCAGAGAACAUCCUGCUCAAACAGCAGGGACGCAGCGGCAUCAAGGUGAUUGACUUUGGCUCCAGCUGUUUCGAACACCAGCGGGUGUACACCUACAUCCAAUCCCGUUUCUACCGCGCCCCAGAGGUGAUCCUCGGUUCACGUUACGGCCUUCCUAUCGAUAUGUGGAGCUUCGGCUGCAUCCUGGCUGAGCUGCUGACUGGUUACCCGCUGUUCCCCGGCGAGGACGAGGGCGACCAGCUGGCCUGUGUCAUGGAGCUGCUGGGCAUGCCUCCGCAGAAGGUCCUCGAGCAGGCCAAAAGGGCAAAGAACUUCAUCAACUCCAAGGGCCACCCUCGCUACUGCGGAGCCAACACCCUGCCCACGGGGGCCACCGUGCUGACGGGGUCUCGCUCACGCCGCGGCAAGAUGAGAGGCCCCCCAGGUAGCAAGGAGUGGAGCGCUGUGCUCAAGGGCUGCGAGGACCCCACCUUUACUGACUUCAUAAAGAAGUGUUUGGACUGGGACCCCUCAUCCCGUCUCACCCCUAGCCAGGCCCUCAGACACCCAUGGCUAUAUCGCCGCCUACCCAAACCCCUACCUGGGACCGAUAAGAGCCAAGGGGCCACGGUGAAACGACUCCCCGAGCACCACAGCACCUCCUUCCCAUCUAUCCUGGCCAAAGGGGGACCUGGCUUAGGCACCACAGCUGCCAACAACAAACUGAGGAGCAACAUGAUGGGAGAUUCUGGGGAGGCCAUACCUCUUCGCACGGUCCUACCUAAACUCGUCUCUUAGAGAGAGACAGAGAUGGAGAGAGAGAGAGAGAGUCCUAUAAUCUCCUCUCUCCUUCCUUCCUUCCUCCUCUGAACUCCUCAGGAGGAGUCAGAGCACAGGAGAAAGCGGAGCCUAGGUUUUAAAACUUGUUUGGUUGUUCUUUUAUUUGUUUUCUACUGAGAGGUGUCGACACCCCCCAGUUCCUGGUUUUUAAUAUUAGCUGAACGGCGAGAGAGACAAAGAGAGAGAGAGACAAUAAAAGAAACUCUCUUAAAAAAAAA